AUGAGCGGAUCGCUACUUAGAAAAAUUACUCAAGGACUAUCACCGUACCACAAUCCAGAAGGACUUACGUUCGGCAAGAAUAAGUUACUCGAAAAGAAGGAGCCGCGGGCCGGUAAGCGCGACGCAACGCACACAUCGCGUCGUACGGGUGCAACCGUACCAGAGAAGUUGGACAUACGGGCGCCAGCGGACUCGCAGGCGUACGUAGAGCACAUUUCUAACCGGCUUGCCAACGAAUUCAAGUGGGAGAUUGAGCACGUCGAAGAAGUCGAUCCAGCGCUGCGCAUGCAGGCGCGCAAGGGCUCCAAGCCGCGUGUAGCGGCGCCGGGAGCGGAGCAAGGCAGAAGACGCAAAUCUAAGGCGCGUCUGACCGAGCAGCGUGUGGAAGCGCUGGUCAGCGAGUCGCAGGCGACCGAAACAGGUAUGUAUACGAGGACAAUUGAGGCGUGA